AUGAGCAUAGAAUUUUGUUCUCAACACCUUUUGGCAUAUGACAACUCGAUGCUUGCGUCUGAAAAUGAAAUAAAAGCGAAGGUAGAAGAAAACCUGAAAUGCAUCAUCCAACGCAUGAACGAACUAAAAAGUGGAAAAGAUGAUCUUGGAGAUGUGAUUUUCCAACUAACAAAAAUUAAUCAUUUCAAUCUACCAAGAUACUCUAAAAUCCCGAAAGCCAAAAAAAACACCAAAUGGGAAAUGUUUGCUCAAAAGAAAUUAAUGAAAAAAAAUAAGAGUGGAUUAAUAUACGACAACAAUUCCAAAGGAUGGGUUAGACGAUUUCAGAAAAAACAAAUAAAAAUAAAUGAAGAAAAUGCAGAUUUUAUUCAUGAAUAUAAACCAAAUGAUAAUAUUUAUGAAGACCCAUUUGAAAAAAUUGAGGAAGAAAAAGAAAUUAAAAAAAUGAAACAAAAAAUGAGAGAAAUGAAAAAUAAAUUCCAUCAAGAAGGAAUAUCAACCCAGGAUAUAAAAUACAUUAAUUUGCAAAAAAGGAAAAGAGAAAAUUUAAUCGACAACUUGAAAAUGGCUCAAAUAUCUUCGUCUACUUUUGGGCGACAAGACAAAAAGUUGAAAAAAGAAAAAAAAAUGAAAGUGAAAAAUAAUAGCAUAAUACAUCAAAAGUGCGAGAAACGUUUAGUGAAAGAUGAAAUUAAGCAAAAUAAUAAAUUGGCAUCAAUUGUUUUGAAGUCCUUAUAA